UGUCAUGGUCAUGUCCUGGAAGUGAAGCUGUUUUUUUCUAUCUGAUCAACUCUCUCAAUAACUGAGCAACCGGAAUAUUUCUGCAUGUAAACCGAGCAACCUUCAGGAUGACUGACAUGUUGCCAGUGGUGGUGGUCCACGGAGGGGCGGGUCACAUCCCGAAGGAGCGGUCUGAAAGGUCCACGGAGGGGGUGUGCUCAGCAGCCCGAGCCGGGUACAUUAUCCUCCAGGGAGGGGGCAGCAGCAUGGACGCUGUGGUAGGGGCUGUGACGGAGCUGGAGAAUAACCCCAACUUCAACGCAGGCUGUGGGUCAGUGCUGAACGUCAAAGGAGAUGUGGAGAUGGAUGCCAUUGUGAUGGAUGGGAAAUCACUGGGUAGUGGUGCCGUGUCUGCUGUACGCAACAUAGCCAACCCCAUCCAGCUAGCAAGACUGGUUAUGGACAAGACGAGUCAUGUGUGUCUGACAGCAGAGGGGGCCGGUCAGUUUGCCCGGUCCAUGGGCGUCCCUGAGGUGCCCCAAGAGUCCCUCAUCACCGAGUACUCCCGAAUGCGCUGGAAAAAGAACCUGGAACCUGAGGCCAACCCUGUGGAGUUCCAAAUGGGGAAGAUGGGCACGGUUGGAGCUGUAGCAGUGGAUAGCGAGGGCAACGUAGCCUGCGCGACCUCCACUGGUGGGAUCCUGAAUAAGAUGGAGGGUCGGGUGGGCGACACACCCUGCGUAGGCUGUGGAGGCUACGCUGACAACAGCUCAGGAGCAGUGUCAACUACAGGACACGGAGAAGCCAUCAUGAAGGUUAUUCUAGCCAGACUCAUCCUGUUCCACAUGGAGCAAGGUCAGUCAGUAGAGGCAGCCAGCGACUUAGGCCUGGCCUACAUGAAGUCCAGAGUGGAUGGGCUGGGCGGGGUGGUGACAGUGGACCCUCAGGGCCACUGGGCCGCUCGCUUCUCCAGCGGGCAGAUGGCGUGGGCCGCAGCCCAGAAGGACACCCUACACUACGGCCUGUACACCGGGGAACACUUCACCCAGAGCAUCGAUGAGACUGACACUAAACACAACUCACACAUACCCAUGUUUUAGACUGUAAUUUUGCAGAAAAAAAGUACUAAAGUCACGAAUAAAACUAAUAACAAAUCAGUAUUGAUUAAAACUACAGUCUAAUACAGCACUAGAGAGGCACAGAGAUGUUAUUGAUUGAUUGAUUGUGCAAUAGGACUCAAUGAAGAAAUGAAGGCAGCUUGUGAUUUCCUCCCAGAGGCGACACGCUGACAGGACGUCCUGAGGAGCUCACUGACCUCCGACCUGGAGUUGUGUCACACUGUGGUGGAUGAUCCGAUAGUGUUGACACAACAGUGGCUGGACUGAGCUGAAUUUGUACUAACGUCAGACCAAUUUCUUUUAGCACAAAUCAUCAGCUUUUAGUGGAGCUGUCUCCGUAACAAACAGUUUGAUUCAUUAAAAACAAAAAAAGCCAAAAUGAUCCAAUAAUCUGAAUUUCAGGCUUUAAAAUGUCUUGGAUUGGAAUGUCUUGGAUUAAUGAAGUUUAAUUUUUCAGUCGUACUUUUAAAUGUGUUUUUGGGAAACAAUUGUAUUGAUCUACAAAACAAAACCGACAUGGAACCAAUACUGGUUUUCCUUAACUUACAUUCAUAAUGGUCUUCAAAAGUCUUAAAUUGAAUCAGUUGGAAUCUGCAGAAACCUACUUGAAAGGAAAUAGGAAAAUGAUUAUACAUGAGCUUUUUUUACACAGUAUUUUAAAAUUAAAUUUAAAAAAAUUUGUGUGAUUUUCAAAUUGACCUUUUGAAAUAAAUCUUUCAUUGAAGUUUCAUUAUUAGAUGAUAAAUUAGCACUUUGUGAUCAUCUUCUUGUGUAAUGAAGUAUGUAUUAUUUCAGAGUCCCUGCAGGAGAUUGUUGUUGCUUAAGAUGCCUGAUUUCACUGCAGAUGUUCUCAAAUAUUGCGACACAUGUUGCAAGGGGGGGAGUUAGAAUUUCAAAAAUGUUUGUGAUUAUUAUAAUUUUUUUGUGUAAUUAAUUAAAAAUCAAAGGCAACUUGCUCCAGUGAGAAUAAAAUCAAAACCAGAGAUAUGGUUCAGCAUUUUGCCUCAGAAACUACCGUGAAUUUGCAUUAAUUGUAAGUAUUUGAAGUAUUUGAUUCAUCUGUUGUUGUUCUGUGAAAGUAUUAAAUAAAGCUGGAACCGGAGCCAGUAUUUGUGAAGUGCUGCUGAUCAGAUGAUGAUUGUCAAUGCUGAAGCUCUGUCUUAUGAAAACACUGAUUGUUGGCAAUAAAUGGCAGUAAUCUCCCA